UCUACAUUGCGUUAAUAACCAAUCAUUGCAUACAUAUUAUACUAGUUCAGUUUUAUAUCGCUAAAAAAAUGAAAUUAUGUGUGUCAUGUUAAUGCAAAAAACAGUCAACAUGCCGCCUAUAAAACUUGGUAAUCGCGCUAGAGAUGCCUGUCUACAUACAUACACGAGAUGGCAAACGGCGCCAUCUAAUCAUACCAAGCGCCAGUGCCAUGGUAGAUUGACAUCAGAAAACUAUGUUGUCGCCUCGCCAUUCAUGGGUCACAUAUCGAACCGUGACACCCAAGCAGUUUUGAAUCCAGUAGCUGCAAAGUAUCAGCAAAUACGGGCACAUCAUAAUGAUAGGGUAUACAUGGACUACCAAGCUACAACACCAUUGGAUCCAAGAGUCCUGGAUAAAAUGAUGCCGUAUUUAACCCAUAGCUUUGGAAAUCCACAUAGUAGAACACAUUCCUUUGGAUGGGAUGCGGAACACGCCGUAGAAGAAGCACGGUCACAAGUGGCGUCUUUACUCAACUGUGACAGCCGCAGUAUCAUAUUCACAUCAGGAGCUACAGAGUCCAAUAACCUAGCACUCAAGGGAAUUACCGAAUACUACAGUUGCCUACAACACAACGACCAGUCAAAGAUUAAGGACCAUCUUAUCACAUCACAGAUCGAUCAUAAAUGCGUACUGCAAACAUGCAGACAACUAGAAAAUCGGGGAUAUACCGUGACAUACCUAAAGCCAGAUAAAAGUGGAAUUAUCAAACCAGAAGAUGUGGCAGCCGCAAUAACACCAAGAACGUUCAUGUGCUCAAUCAUACACCUGAACAACGAAAUUGGCACCAUACAAAACAUCGCUGCAAUCGGUAAAAUAUGUAGAGAAAAGGGAGUCGUGUUUCAUACAGAUGGAGCACAGAGCUUUGGGAAAAUACCAAUUGAUUUGUCGGCAUUAAAUGUCGACCUCAUGUCGAUAUCAGGACAUAAAAUAUACGGCCCCAAGGGAGUGGGAGCACUAUAUGUUGGCCGUAAACCACGCAUACGCUUACGACCAAUCAUAGAUGGUGGAGGACAGGAACGUGGACUGAGGUCAGGAACACUUCCAGCACCGUUAGUCGUGGGACUGGGAGAAGCAGCUAAAGUAGCAAGUGAAGAGAUGCAUAGAGAUCUAGAACACGCCAAAAGAUUGUGGGAUAAACUAGUCCAUGGAAUGAAUGAUAUUGGCCAUGUACAUAUAAACGGGUCGAUACAGGAAGGUGAGCGUUAUUGGGGUAAUCUAAACGUGUCGUUCGAAUUCGUUGAAGGAGAGUCAUUAUUGAUGUCACUAAAGAAAGUCGCCCUCUCAAGUGGCUCCGCGUGCACAUCAACCAGUCUAGAACCCAGCUACGUACUAAGAAGCAUUGGAGUAGGAGAGGAAGUAGCACAUACAUCAAUCAGAUUCGGCUUGGGAAGGUUUACAUCAGAAGCUGAUAUUGAUGCACUGCUGGUGGAUCUCAGAGGAGCUGUAGAAAGACUAAGGGAGUGUAGCCCACUCUAUGAAAUGUACAUAGAAAAGGAAUCUACAGAUAAUAUGGUAUGGACGUAAUCAUACAGAUCCAUAGAAAAAAUUUUCUA